UGGCAGUGACACAGAUGGAGGAUGGAUAUUAGCCAAAAAUGCAGGAGCAAAAAAGAAACACUUCUUGUUGUCUUCUGGUGCAAGGUUUCACGUGGAGGAGCAGCACGAGCGCAGCAGCGCCGAACAGACAUUAAAAGGCUAAAAAAUGACGCAGUUAGACGGAAUAGUAAAACCAAAGACAAAGCGCUCAAAGCGUUUCUUGGAGAGCAGAGCACCCAAACUGAUUGAGGAUGUGAGGAGCACCAUGAUCAUGAAAGGAGGAAACACCAGUCAGACCAUCACUACGGCCCUCAAAGACAUAUAUUCCUUGAAGAAACCAAAUGCGGUGCUGUACAAAAAAAAGAAUAUAACUCGGCCUUUUGAGGACUCAACCUCUCUGGAGUUUUUCUCCAAGAAAACGGACUGUUCUCUGUUUCUGUUCGGCUCCCACAACAAGAAACGGCCAAACAACUUUAUAUUUGGUCGAAUGUUUGAUUUCCAUGUCCUGGAUAUGUUUGAACUUGGAAUUGAGAAGUUUGUCUCCCUGAGUGAGAUCAAGACCAGUAAGUUUCCUGAAGGAACCAAACCGAUGCUCGUAUUUGCUGGGGAAGCUUUUGAUACCGACAACGAAUAUAAACGACUGAAGAGCCUGCUCAUAGACUUCUUCAGAGGCCCCACUGUGUCUGCAGUGCGUCUCGCAGGUUUGGAGCACAUUCUGCAUUUCACUGCCCUGGAAGGAAAAAUCUACAUGCGUAGUUACAGGUGUCUGUUAAAGAAGUCUGGGUGCCGCACGCCGAGGAUUGAGCUGGAAGAGAUCGGCCCAUCAUUCGAUUUUAUCAUGAGAAGAACACACCUGGCAUCAGAUGACUUGUACAAGCUGGCUCACAAACAGCCCAAAGCUCUGAAGCCAAAGAAGAAGAAGAACAUUUCUCAUGAUGUUUUUGGGACCACAUUUGGCCGGGUGCACAUGCAGAAACAGGAUCUGUCUAAGCUGCAAACACGAAAGAUGAAGGGCCUGAGGAAGAGGAAGGGAGAAGUGGUCGAAGAAGGCCAUGAGGGGCAGGAACCCAAAGUGGCCAAAGUGGAGAGCUGAACCUGUGGAGAUUCAUGGACAUCAUUUCAUUGGCUGCCUUUACCACCUCACAGGAACAUGGCCUGGGAGCAGCCUCCAGGCCACUGGAGACAGAUAUGUUGGUCUUUUGUCAUGUGACUGUCAGGAUGUCCUGAAUGUGUCUAGAGGUGUUGGAUGGUUCUGACAUCACCUAAUUAUCACUCUUUAGUCACAUUUCAGUCAGUUCUUCUUUCUUUAUACAGAGCUGUUCAAACCAUAAUUUCAUGUCCUGUUUAGAAGGAAAACAAUAAAACAAUUUCUCAACUUUC